AUGAUAAAUUUUGUUUACAAAAUUUUCAGCUUUCAGGAAAAAAUAUUGAUUGAAUUUUUGAAGCACGGCACAGUGGCGACUUCUAGCGAGACGAGCGUCGGGACGCAGCCCGGCGGCAGCGUGACCUCGAGGACGGCGUCGGAGACGCCGCAGGUGCCGUCGUCGGCGUCGUCGCAUCACCACACGGGCGCCAAGUUCCGCCACGGCCUGCUGCAGCUCAUGAUACACACCAUAGACCCCCUUCACGAUGGUCAGUAUGCAGGUAGUCCCACGUCAUUUUUUAUCUAUAUAUGUUGGUGGUAUUAUUCGUUUGUACGUUGGUUUAUUGUGUUUAUGGUGUGCGUUGUUUCUACGGGGUGUUUGGCAGGACGUUGGCGAACCUUUUAG